GUCGCUUUUGGUUAUUUUAUCUUACUGGUCGUCCCAUCGCGUCAUAUGGAGGUCAAAGGACGACAACAAACAUUUCAGCAGGCAGCUAGUCAUUUUAUUAAAUGUUAUAUUUAGGUGGAUAAAAUGAGUUAACAGCGCGUGUCCCUGUUUCAGUCAGCAGGAGUCAUGCAAUAACAACGUGCAGCUAGUUUAGUCGGAGCUGUGUUAUGGCUUCUUUAGCGAGCUCCUCGUUAAUGUCACCUGUCAGACUUUGUUGUCUGUGCUCGAGAACAAGCACGACUCUCUCUGCAUACGGCUUGGGUCAAAGGAGUUUGUGUUCAGGUAAAGCUGCAGCCGUGUGCAGACAAACAAAAUCUCCUCUGUGGAAUGGGACUCAAGGGUUUUGUUCCCGUGGUGGUGGCGGUGCAGCCGAGGAGCAGCAGACCCUGGAGGACAUCGCUAAGAGCAUCAGAGAGCAGCGGUACAGGAGGGUGGUGGUGAUGGCUGGAGCUGGGAUCAGCACGCCUAGUGGCAUCCCAGAUUUCAGGUCUCCAGGCAGCGGUCUCUAUGACAACCUGCAGCAGUACGACCUGCCUUACGCCGAGGCGAUAUUCGAGAUCAAUUUUUUCCAUCAAAACCCAAACCCCUUCUUCGCCCUGGCCAAAGAGCUGUACCCGGGGAAAUAUCAGCCCAACCUGACGCACUACUUUAUACGGCUGCUUCACGAGAAGAGUCAGCUGCUCAGGAUGUACACGCAGAACAUCGACGGGCUGGAGAGACUGGCAGGGAUUCCUCCUGAGAUGUUGGUGGAGGCUCACGGUACAUUCGCCACCGCCACCUGCACAGUCUGCCUGAGGAAGUACGAGGGGGAGGAGCUACGAUCAGAUGUGAUGGCAGGAACGGUCCCAAAGUGUCCCACCUGUAAAGGCGUGGUAAAGCCUGACAUCGUGUUUUUCGGGGAGGACCUUCCACGUCACUUCUUCAAAUACCUCACAGACUUCCCUCUGGCAGAUCUCCUCAUCGUCAUGGGAACCUCACUGGAGGUGGAGCCCUUUGCCCGCCUGGCGGGAGCUGUGCGCAGCUCUGUUCCCCGUCUGCUCAUCAACAGGGACUUGGUGGGUCCGUUCGCCUGGCGCCGCCGUUGUCAUGACACCGUGCAGCUGGGUGACGUGGUCAGUGGUGUGCAAGCCCUGGUGGAUGCCCUCGGCUGGACUCGGGAGCUGAACGCUCUGAUGGCGGCUGGUGCUGAGGAAGCUGCAACAAAGACAGAAGAGUGACUAUUUCACCACAUCAAGCUGGAGGUUUGACUUCAUUUACUAACUGUUCACCUACACUGCAAGUAACAAAAACCAAAUCCAGAUUUUAUACUGGGGUUCAUGUGGUGGUAUCUACGGGUGAUACUUGGACCUUUAGGUUUUAUCAAUGGUAGUCUAUAUGCUCGACGUUCCACUUCUGGGAUCGCUCCGGUGGAAAUUCUACCGGAUGCAAGUCUUUUCGCUGAUGUCCGUCCCCUUCCUCUUUCUUUGUGGUGGCGUCCUAACCUCUGGUGGAUUUCUGAGGACUAUGGUUACCUGGUCCUCAGAUCUCUAAGGGGUAAAUCCAGACAGCUAGCUAGACUAUCUGUCCAAGUUUUCUGUUGCACGAUUACUUUGCAAAUGAUUGUGGUUUAAAGAAAUGCCAAUAAACCAGAGCAUGUUUUUCUACCAUCCCUGAAUACAAUGUGGACUAUCCAGACCCUCCUCCGUUCGGCAGUGUGUGGGAAGCGAGACUGUAUCAAUGGGAACUCACAGACUGACUAAAAAGGAACUGCUACAGUUGUAAUGCAGGAAUGUUUCUUAGUCAAAUAGUCAAAUGCAGGUAAGUGCCACACGGGGAUGAUGUGGCCGACAAAUCAAAUCAAGUGCAGAUGUACCAGGGGUGGGGGAAAGAAUCGAUACUGCAUAUUAUCGCAAUACUUUCCUUGGCAAUACGGUAUUGAUACACGGACAUCAAGUAUCAAGCUUCUAAUAUAAAUAGAGAUGAACAAACAAAGAAAUGUAUCCUUUUGACAAAAAUGUAUUGUGAUAACAUCACACCGUGGGGCCUCUGGCGACUCCCAGCCCUUAUAUGUCCAAUAGAAUAUUUUGUGCUGUUGAUUGACUGUGUGCAGGAUCAUAUUUUGUUCAUUAGCCUC